UCGACGCAAGAGACGCAAAGUUUUGCUUCCCUGCCUAAAUAAAAAAAAAGUUCUGUCUGCGGUCAGAUGUUCGGCCCGGGGGUUUUGAAAAUGACUGAACGCAGAGCUGAAACAAGCGGAAACAGGUCUUUAGUUGGGUAUAUCUUACCGAAAAAACAAGUACUUCUGAGAGAUGAAGGAGCGGAGUCGCUGUCGGAGCCGGAAGAGGAGGACAACAACGAGCCGGAGUUUUUAGACUUCAAGGAGAUGGAUUGCGUUUCAUCGGGAGGGCAGCUGAUCAAAUCCUCCAUUCCACCGCGGAGAGAAGUUGAUUUUCAGGACUUGAACUCUGAGUCGAAGUACAAGCUGGUGGGCCGGUUUUCUCUUUGUGACCCGUGGUGGGAGGUGACAGCUCCAGUGCGAGGAGGAGGAGGAGGAGGGCGGCGGUCCAAGCUCUUCCUACUGGGGUUCCCUUCUUACAGCCUGCGGACCGACCUGGGGGACAACCCCAAAUCCGUCAUCGCGCUGUUCCUCAAGGAGUGCGGUGUGGUCGCAGAGCACGUCAUGCAGUUUAUCGAAUGGGUCCCUGCAUCAUGCAGGCUGGAUUUUUCAAACUUGCACGACCGUUUGAAAGAUUUUGCUGACGAACAGUAUGAUCACUCUGAUACUGUUGCGUCAGAUAUAAUCUCAAGGAUCAGUUACUCAGAUGCAGGGAAAGCUGUACUGGUAGCCUCACGCUACCCACAGGUAAUGAGUUAUGUGCCCAGGCUCCUGCCACGACAGUUUGAGAACUUGUUAAAGAAGUACAAGGGGGAGCAGAGCGACGGAAGAAGCGAGGACGGCACAGGGACAUUUGUCCUGGAUAAGCUGGAAGAGGUGCUCAGGACAGAUGUUUGGAAGCUGGGGUUCAGUGUAAUGACCUAUAGGGAUCUUGGCCUAGUCCGCUGCGAGGCUACCUUGGAGGCGUUCCGCCAGUCUGACCUGGUCUCGAAGAUCCCUGAGCUGCAGCACCACGCCCUGCUGCUGUACGAUGAGCUGAAGCGCUCCUGCAGGGAGUGGGGCCACACCUACAUCACCGUGGAGAACCUCACCAGAGCCCUGAGGGACAUUCCUGCUGAGAAGGCCUGGGAAUCCCUCAAGUUUCUGAAGGACGAAAAAGUGGUGGUGCAGGAGAGCAAGAGGGUCUUCCUCAGACACCUCUAUCGGUACGAGAAGGGGAUAGCCGAGUGCGUUGAGAAGCUGGCGAGGAUGCCCCCCUGGUGCAUUGACCUGGAUGUGAAACAGGUCCUCCGGGACGCCCAGAUUAAUAGGAUGGCCAUAAAGGCACACAGGAAUGGAAACGAGAGCAAAUGCGAUGAUUUAACUGAGGAUGGUGCUGAGAGUACAGAUUCUGUUCAUUUGGAGCACAGCGAUGUCAAUGGUCUGGGGACCGAUCCUAAAAACCAAUGUGAGGACAGCGACUGCAGCGCUGAACUGGAUCCCGAUCAGGUGAAAGCUGCCGAAAUGAUGUGCACCAAUCCUGUAACUGUGAUCAGUGGGAAAGGAGGCUGUGGCAAGACCACUGUGGUCAGUCUUAUAUUCCAAGCGGCUGCGAGGAGUCUCCGCAGAGAGGAGGAGGAGGAGGAGGUGCAGAGAGCCUGCAAGGACUUUGAGAACGACCUGAGUGCCUCGGAAGACUGGGACACAUUUAUAGGGAUCCCCAGCCAGCCCCAGGAGCAGAGCGCCCAGGACUCUGACCCGAAGAAGCCUCUGAAGGUUCUCCUUACAGCCCCGACUGGGAGAGCCGCGUCCCUGCUCCACAAACGCACGGAAUCCGAGGCGUACACGUUGCACCAGGUGCUGUGGAGCUACAUGAAAGCAGAGAAGGAUGAAGAAGGCAACCCUAAGAACUGGAAGUUCAGUGCAGUGCAGAUAUUCGUGGUGGAUGAGGGCAGCUUGGUCUCUGUGCAGAUCCUUAACUCUGUGCUGAGCAUGCUGAUGAAGCACGCUCAGCUGAGAAAGCUAGUUAUUCUGGGUGAUGUAAGGCAGUUACCCAGCAUUGAGCCCGGGAACACUCUGGCUGACAUGUUCAACAGCCUUUCUGAAAUCAGAUGGGCCAUAGAAAUGAAAAGCAACCAUCGAGCCGAGUCGCAGCUCAUUGUGGAUAACGCUGCAAGGAUUGCUGAUAAUGGGUUGAAGAGCUGCUAUAAACCCCUAGAUUUUGAUGCAGAGCUGGCUGUGAUUGGGGGUGGCUCUGCUGUUUCAAUGCCCUCCCCAGACAAGAGGUUUAUUCUGCUAGCCCUGCCGCCGACAGACAGCAACUUUGAGCUUCAGGAUGCAAUCAAAUUACUUCUGCAGUCAGCCCCAGGACUGGAGGAUGAUAACUGUUCACAGUUCAUUGCAUUCAGAAGGAAGGAUUGUGAUUUAAUAAAUGAACUUUGCUGCAAUCAUUACUCCAACCACUUAACCAAAAACCACAAAAAUAAGCAAGUAUUCCAGCCUCGUGACAAAGUUUGUUGUACAAAAAACGGAAAUGUUUUGGAACGGACAAAAGAAAAAGAGCUCAACAUGAAAACUGACGAAAAGAGCAAGGAGUCUGUCCGGCUUUGUAACGGGGAAAUAUUCUUCAUUACGGGGGAUGAAGAAAGCGACAAGAAGCGAUACCUGACAUUAGAUGACAGAGACGGGCGGCAGGUGUGUGUCUCCUUCAAAGAGUUGCAGAAAGAGUGCAGGCUGACUCAUGCCUGGGCCAGGACCAUCCACACUUUCCAGGGCUCUGAAGCCGAGACGGUGGUGUAUGUCCUCGGCCCUGCAGGCAGACAGAACUGGCAGCACAUGUACACAGCCGUGACUCGAGGGCGCAAACGAGUCUAUGUGGUCGCUCAGGAAAGCAACCUCAUCAAAACAGUUGUCUCCAAAAGCCCCAGGCGCAACACCCGUCUGAGAGAGCUGAUCCGAGAGAAAAUGACCAGGGGCAGGAGGGAGGUGGGCGGCGAUCUGCUGAGCCAGAGAUCCUCCACACAGACUGACUCCCAGCAGCAGCUGAAGCCAGCCACAGGGCUCGGGGGCUGGGCUUACACACAGUCCUCCCCUAAAGCACGUCCCAGAAACCAUGCUGGCAUGACCUGCUCCGCUAACCCCCUGUUCCAAAGGAACGCUUGGGGGGAGAAGCAAAGAACAGACUCAGAGACUGGAGACACCUCUCUCUUAGAUGAUGUCACUUUUUCACAAGCGUACACCUGGUCCCCAAUGGGCUUUCUAAACAUGCCUUCUCCACCUGCUGAAGAAGAGGAGCCCCUUCAGAUGAGCUCCUCGGAUUCUGAGGUUCGGGCCGGUGGCUCUGACCACGGGAGCACUUCUGUGAACUGUGAAAGACUUGCUUCUUCAGGCUGUUCUUCUGGCAGUAAAAGACAAAGCUGCUCCACUGACCAGCACGAGACUCCUACAAAGCAUCCCAAAGUCUUGUUAGUUGAAUCUCCCCUGGGCUGCUCCAAACUCCAGAGCCUGUCUCUCAGCAGCCCUCACUCAGCCACAGGACAGGACCCAGACAGCUGUUCCACCCUGCUCCCCUCUGACCAGCCCUCACCCAGCCACAGGACAGGACCCAGGCAGCUGUUCCACCCUGCUCCCCUCUGACCAGCCCUCACCCAGCCACAGGACAGGACCCAGGCAGCUGUUCCACCCUGCUCCCCUCUGACCAGCCCUCACCCAGCCACAGGACAGGACCCAGGCAGCUGUUCCACCCUGCUCCCCUCUGACCAGCCCUCACCCAGCCACAGGACAGGACCCAGGCAGCUGUUCCACCCUGCUCCUCUCUGAACAGCCAGCUACAGGACAGGACCCAGGCAGCUGUUCAACCCUGCUCCCCUCUGACCAGCCCUCACCCAGCCACAGGACAGGACCCAGGCAGCUGUUCCACCCUGCUCCUCUCUGAACAGCCAGCCACAGGACAGGACCCAGGCAGCUGUUCCACCCUGCUCCUCUCUGAACAGCCAGCCACAGGACAGGACCCAGGCAGCUGUUCAACCCUGCUCCUCUCUGAACAGCCAGCCACAGGACAGGACCCAGGCAGCUGUUCCACCCUGCUCCCCUCUGACCAGCCCUCACCCAGCCACAGGACAGGACCCAGGCAGCUGUUCCACCCUGCUCCCCUCUGACCAGCCCUCACCCAGCCACAGGACAGGACCCAGGCAGCUGUUCCACCCUGCUCCUCUCUGAACAGCCAGCUACAGGACAGGACCCAGGCAGCUGUUCCACCCUGCUCCUCUCUGAACAGCCAGCCACAGGACAGGACCCAGACAGCUGUUCCACCCUGCUCCUCUCUGAACAGCCAGCCACAGGACAGGACCCAGGCAGCUGUUCAACCCUGCUCCUCUCUGAACAGCCAGCCACAGGACAGGACCCAGGCAGCUGUUCAACCCUGCUCCUCUCUGAACAGCCAGCCACAGGACAGGACCCAGGCAGCUGUUCCACCCUGCUCCUCUCUGAACAGCCAGCUACAGGACAGGACCCAGGCAGCUGUUCCACCCUGCUCCUCUCUGAACAGCCAGCCACAGGACAGGACCCAGGCAGCUGUUCAACCCUGCUCCUCUCUGAACAGCCAGCCACAGGACAGGACCCAGGCAGCUGUUUCAACUUGCUCCCUCACACUGACAAUCCCACGUGGGUUUUUUUUUUUUUUUUUUUUUUUUAUCAUCACUUUAAUUGUUUAAAUACCUUGUUUUGGAAUGUGCAGGAUAAUGAAAAGCAUAUAUACUGUACUGUAAUAGAGUAGUUUGUUGUUUCCGGUCAGAGUUCUAAUGAUGAAGUUCAUCAUGAUCUACUUAUUUUGUUUCCCAGGUAAUGUCAUUAGAACUACAGUAGGAACCGUUUUCAGGAAUGAAGCAGCAAAUUUAAAACGUAGCUUGACAUUGGUUCAGUCAAGCCCUUGCAUAUAUUAUGACUAAAAUAGUGGUUUGUCAAUUGUAAGGGCAACAAUUAUAACAUCAUUUUUUACACUGUGCAAGUUGCUGUAAGUAUAAAUAUGUGAUAAUGGAAGAAUUCAGUUUUGCACUAUAAUGACGUGCCAAUUUGUAUAAUAAAUAAACUAAUUUAUACACCUUUAUACCAUUGUGUAUAUUUUAUUCCUCCCCCAUACAAAGGUUUACAUCUGUAGGAAUUCCCAGUCAUACACAGACGAUUAAAUAUCAUGCUACCAAAGUAUUUGAUUUGUACAAAAAUACUUUACAGUCUGUAAUGCUCGUUCAUUAAAAAUAGAUACAAUAUCCAAGGGAUUGAAUGAGAAACCGAUUAUUUUAAAGUGUUAUUUUCAAUUUUAUAUGGGUACCUAUAAUACACGGAGCAUCAAAAGAAACUUAUCACUAUUUUAACAUUUAUUUUCGGGAAAAAAAAGUAAAGGUAUAUAAUUGAUGGACA